ACCCCGAGCAGAUAAGAUCGAUCGAUCGCGCAGGCGCCAGGGAAAGAGAGAGAAAAAAAACAACCAGUUCGUCGGUAGGGUUUCGGGGGCUGCGAUGGCGAUGGAGGCUCGGAUGAAGGGGACGGUCAAGUGGUUCAACGACACCAAGGGGUUCGGCUUCAUCACCCCCGCCGACGGCAGCGAGGACCUCUUCGUGCACCAGUCCUCCAUCAAGGCCGACGGCUUCCGCUCGCUGGCCGAGGGCGAGGUGGUCGAGUUCGCCGUCUCGGAGGGCGACGACGGCCGCACCAAGGCCGUCGACGUCACCGGCCCCGACGGAUCCUUCGUGCAGGGCGGCGCGGGCGGCGGCGGAGGAGGUGGAGGCUUCGGAUCCCGCGGCGGCGGCGGAUCUCGCGGCGGCGGGGGCUUCGGCGCCCGCGGCGGGGACGGAUCUGGCGGGUAUGGUGGUGGGUACGGCGGUGGUGGUGGUGGAGGCUGGGGCGGGCAGAGGAGAUCCGGCGGUGGGGGCGCCGGUGGGGCCUGCUUCAAGUGCGGGGAGCCUGGCCACAUGGCCAGGGACUGCUCGGUCAACGGCCCCGCCGGUGGCGGCGGCGGCGGCGGCUGCUACAAGUGCGGGGAGCAAGGCCACAUCCGGGACACAUCGCGAGGGACUGCCCCACCAGCAGCGGCUUCGGCGGGGGCGGCGGCGGCGGGAGGUUCGGCGGAGGAGGCGGCGGCGGCAACGACCGCUCCUGCUACAACUGCGGCGAGCCCGGCCACAUCUCCCGCGACUGCACCAAGUGAGGGGAUAUCUCUGCCCCUCCCCCCUCUAUAGAUUGCGCCUAAAUACCUCUCGUCUUAGUUUUGCCGAUCGAUCGAUCUGGGCCCAAGCGCCCAGCUUCAGCCGCCUCGCUUAUUUUAUCUUCCUCCCCCCUUCCGUUCUCGGAGUCCGUCCUAGGGAAAAGUCAGUCAGUCAGUCAGUCCGUGUGAUGGUUAAUUUUGCUAUGAAUUGGUCUCUGGUACCCGUACCGUACUCUCAGUUGAUGUUUAAGGUCGUGAUGAUGAUGGAUUAUUGGUGAUUUUUGUGGUGAUGAUGAGAUUGCAACAGAUCUCUGUUUUUUUGGUUUCAUCGAUGAAGUAAAAUGAUGCCCGUCGUUAUUAUCA